AUGAUGAUACCGACUGCUACAGGAUGGAUUGACCGAAGAAAACUUAUUAUCACCAGACGGUCACCAUUAUCAACAGCUAGUGUUCUGUAUGAAAGAGCGUCGCCAUGUGAGUAUACCACGUUCAAGAAUUGCUCCAGUGAAGAAGAUCCGACUCGAUAUAAAGAUGAAGACGCUACAUCGAGAAGGCUAAAAACUGUGGACCAUUGGCUUGUACCCAUCGGCUCUGAUGAAGACGAAGAUGUUGAAGCGUUAGACCAAUAA